AUGGCGGCGGGCUCGGGCCUCGCUGCGGGUGGUGCGGGGGCGGCUGCGUGCGGGGGCGGGCGUGAGCGCGAGCUGCGAGCCAGGGAGCGGCGGCGGGCGGCCCGCUUGGCGGGCGCGCGAGGUGGUGGCCUGGUCGAGGAAGAGCACGCGCGCGCGGAGGCUCGCUGCUGCGUGCGGCCCGUGCGGGGAAGGGAGCGGAUGCGGGCGAGGCGGUCGAGCGCAGCGGUGGCCGUGGCUGAUUUUUGCGGGCGCGCGUGCGAGCACGAGGGAGCAGGGCGGAGCUGCUGCGGGGCCAGCGGAUGCGGCGCGCGGCCUGAACAGUUCGAGGAGACUCAAAUUGGUCAACUCCACAUCCUCGCUCACGGCCGGUCGGCCGGCCACCACGCAGCGCAGCGAGCAGCUUCCGCUCCCAUCGCAUCAAUCCGAGCAGCGGCACCCGCCCAGCUCGCGCUGCUACUCUCCCGCCAAGCACGACGAGCGGGCGCUAGCCGCCCACCGCCGAGCUCGCCUCCCCCUCGCGCCAAGCCACGCGCGAGCCCGCCCCGCGUCAACCACCAGGCCGCCGUGCCCCGCCUACGGCAAGCUUCCGCCUCGUGCCCCGCCCGCAUCCGCGGCUGCACGCGCUGCUCCUGCCCCCGCUCAACUCCCGCUCGCUGCAGCCCUCCACGGCCAAGGCCGAGGCCGCCCGCGUGCUCAUCACCAAUCCCCACCAACUGCCUGGCCCUGCCCGCUUGCGCCGCCUGCUUCUACUCCCGCAGCCGCCGCUCACCAGCCCUGCUGCAGCACGCCCGGCCGACCCGCCCGCAUCCGCCCGUUUCACCUCCACGCGCGCAGCACCACCAACAUCCACGCAAAAUCGCCUCCAACCGGAGCAAACCGGGCGGCACACCGGGCCACCCGGUUGAAACCGGAGCACAGACCGGUGCCAUCCGGCGCAAUCCAGGGGCUCCAUCCGGUCCGGGGCCCGGUCUGGACCGGGCGCGCCAGUCCCAGAUCCGGUUUGACCGGGUUCUGGACCGGUUUGACCCAUUUUCGUCCAAUUUUGACUUCACUUUUUGCCCCAAAUUUUGA